AUGGUGAUUUCGGUGUUUGAUGGUGAAAUCGAUGCUUAUUGGUGGGUGCUUUGUACCGAGAAAUACUUCAAGCAAUGGCUUACACCAGAGACAUUCAAGAUGACGGUGGUUGAACUUGCCAUGAAAGCAGAAAAUCAAGAUGGCAACAACGCAAUCCAAACAUAUGAGCUCAUAACAAUAGGUCAAGACACUGUUCUGAUGGUCAUCGACAAACAAAAAGACCUUAUCACUGCAGUUUGCAAGGAUAAAGAUCUACGGUUCGACUUCGAUUUUAGUUUCUCUGUUUCUGUUCUGGGUCGUUCCUCUUACUUUACACUCGUGACGUUCCCUCUGGUGUCCUUCGUACCAUCGAUGAAGGAAAUUGUGAACACUACCUCCACAACAUCACCCCAAAACUUAGUUACUUUAUUCGACCCUGGAAGAUAUCUUAACUUGCAAGAGUCCUAG